AUAAACCUCUUUGGCUGGAGUAGGGUCCGGGUGAGCAGAUUUCCUUAUCCGGGAAUCGCAGGCGGGGCCGCCAUUGGCUCCCAGGAUCACGUGGGGUCCUAACUUUGUUCACUUGACAGUAAGUAGGAGGGCUUUCGGAAACAGGAAAACGAGUCAGGGGUCGGAAUAAAUUUUAGUAUAUUUUGUGGGCAAUUCCCAGAAAUUAAUGGCUAUGAGUUCUUUUUUGAUCAACUCAAACUAUGUCGACCCCAAGUUCCCUCCGUGCGAGGAAUAUUCACAGAGCGAUUACCUACCCAGCGACCACUCGCCAGGGUACUACGCCGGCGGCCAGAGGCGAGAGAGCAGCUUCCAGCCGGAGGCGGGCUUCGGGCGGCGCGCGGCGUGCACCGUGCAGCGCUACGCGGCCUGCCGGGACCCCGGGCCCCCGCCGCCUCCGCCACCACCCCCGCCGCCCCCGCCACCACCCGGGCUGUCCCCUCGGGCUCCUGCGCCGCCACCCUCCGGGGCCCUCCUCCCGGAGCCCGGCCAGCGCUGCGAGGUGGUCAGCAGCAGCCCCCCGCCGCCUCCCUGCGCCCAGAACCCCCUGCACCCCAGCCCGUCCCACUCCGCGUGCAAAGAGCCCGUCGUCUACCCCUGGAUGCGCAAAGUUCACGUGAGCACGGUAAACCCCAAUUACGCCGGCGGGGAGCCCAAGCGCUCUCGGACCGCCUACACUCGCCAGCAGGUCUUGGAGCUGGAGAAGGAAUUUCACUACAACCGCUACCUGACGCGGCGCAGGAGGGUGGAGAUCGCCCACGCGCUCUGCCUCUCUGAGCGCCAGAUCAAGAUCUGGUUCCAGAACCGGCGUAUGAAGUGGAAAAAAGACCAUAAGUUGCCCAAUACCAAGAUUCGCUCGGGUGGCACCGCGGGCGCAGCAGGCGGGCCCCCGGGCCGGCCCAGCGGAGGUCCUCCCGCGCUCUAGUGGCCCCCGCGCGCGAAAACCGUGAACCUGGGGUGGGGAGGGUGGCGAGCGCCGGGGAAUACAGGGGGAGAGAGGCGGGAGGGGACUGGGCCCGGAAAAGCCUUCCUGUCCCACCCCCCCCCCCCAUUUUAUCUAUUUACACGAAUAAACGCAGAGAAGGGGGAGGGGAAGCUUUAUUUAUAAAAACGACAAUAGGGAGCCCAGCGAGGCCCCCCAAGAAGCAAAGCUCAAGUCUCUUGCUUUCUUCCUUAAAAAAAAAAAAAGAAAAGAAAAAAAGAAGAAGGAAGAAAGAAAAAGACAGAAAGAGAAAUACGAGGAGGCUGCACUCCUCCUUUUCAGCUUUGGCGAAGAUGGAUCCACGUUUCAUCUUUAAUCACGCCAGGCCCGGGCCCAUCUGUCUUGUUUACUCUGCCGAGGAGAGGACGGAGAGGACGGGCCUCGGUGGCGACCAUUACCUCGACACCCAGCUAACAAAUGAGGCCCGGCCCGGCUGCCGCCGCCUCUGCUGCUGCCGCUGCUGGAAGGCAACCUGGAUUUUCUUUCUUUGUCCCCCCUUCCUGACACCCAGCGAAAGCACCCUCUGAUUGUCAGAUAGCGCAGUGUUUUAACCACGGUAACACACACAUACAACCUCCUCCCCCUCCGUGACCCUGCUCGGGGACACUGACUGCUCGACCCCUUCCACUGCGGGGCUGGGAUAGGGGGCAGCAGGAAGGGGCCAAGUGGAGGCGCAGGGAAGUUGAGUCCAAGCAAAAAAAGAGACUUGAAGACCUGGGAGUGCCUUCCUCUGGAAGGUCAAGCCAUUCCUGGCAGGGUGAGGGGCCAGUUGAGGUCUAAGAGCUGGGCACAACCCUCUCGCCAAGCUAGAGCUGGACAGAGACAUGCUCUCCUAGACUGGAAUUGAAUGUGAAACUAGGACAUAAAUUGGUGUGCCCCUCCCGGUCUGGGAGAUGAUGUUGCAGAGACCUCUCCCAUAGUUUAUCAUUGUUGCAUUGAUGAUUAUUAAUUAUUAUUAUUAUUAUUUUAUGUCAUGUGUGUCCUCUCUCCUAUUUCUUGUCCUGACAUUCCAAACCAGGCCUCCUUCCUAGUUCUGGGGGGCGCCUGAGUCUAGAACUCUUAAGUUGGAGUGCAAAUUUGUGUCCUGUACAGAGUGACAAUAGAAAUAAAUGUUUGGUUUCUUGUGACCAGCA